AUGAAAUAUGUGUGUGGAAACCUGGCAUCAAAGAACAAAAAUCUAAGCACAGAGGGAGUCCUGCUCAUUCUGCAAGUGUUCUAUAAAUCAAAGAUAAUGCUAAAUCUGAUGCUGGAGACAACUGGGGAGACAAGGGUUGAAAUUCGUGUUGUCUCCACUUUUCAACCGAAAAAUGUCAACAACGAAGUGUACAAUUCUCUGUAUGCUACCACAGGCUGCUCCCUGACACUCCAUCAUACAGAAAAGCCAGAUCAUGAAGACAUUUGUGAGUAUCGACCUUACUCCUGCCCAUGUCCAGGAGCAUCGUGCAAAUGGCAGGGCUCCUUGGAAGCGGUGAUGUCUCAUCUAAUGCAUGCUCACAAAAGUAUCACGACUCUUCAAGGAGAAGACAUUGUCUUCCUCGCCACAGACAUUAACUUGCCGGGAGCCGUUGAUUGGGUGAUGAUGCAGUCAUGCUUCGGCCAUCACUUCAUGCUGGUUCUAGAGAAACAGGAGAAGUAUGAGGGCCAUCAACAGUUUUUUGCCAUAGUCUUGCUCAUUGGCACUCGCAAACAAGCAGAGAACUUUGCAUACAGGCUCGAACUGAAUGGCAACAGACGGAGACUGACAUGGGAAGCAACACCACGCUCCAUCCAUGAUGGGGUGGCAGCAGCUAUCAUGAACAGUGACUGUCUUGUGUUUGACACUGCCAUAGCACAUCUAUUUGCAGAUAAUGGGAACCUUGGAAUCAAUGUGACUAUUUCUACAUGUUGUCCGUGAUAUUUUUGUGUAACUUGUGAAACCAUGUGGUUUCUCUGGGCAUAGUGCUUUCAUGUUUUGCUGAGGUUUUUUUUUAAAUGGUAUUCAACUGUUGCCCUGUCUUCCUUCUCAUGCAGAUCAUAAGCACAUGAGGAAGAGCAGGAAUUUGCCACCAGUGCCAUUACAAACCUGUCAUUCACUUUGGAGUGAUGUAUCUGUAGUGUAAUCUAUAUAUGAACACUCCCUUCAUUGUAUGAAAUCCUGCACAACUGUUAAUCACUGGGUGGCAAUACACCCACAUAGGGAGUGUAUCUUCAUACUAAUACAAGUGUUACCCUGACAUUUUAAUAAACUAUACUCAUUGGGAAUUUUAAAAUAAGAUUUAUCAGAAUAGUUACUAAAGCAAAAUUAAUGCCCUUUUAAUCCAAAAAGGAAGAGAUAUAUUUUUAAGAGUUUCACUGGAGUUUUUUUAGAGAGAGAAACAAUGUCAUCUUCUUAAAACAAAGCUUUUUUUAAAACAUAGGGAAUAAAAAGAGGUGGGACAUCCAUCAGAGGUAGCUCUUCUAUGCCUAAAGAGUCUGUGCACAAGUUUAGAAAAAUGAGGUGCAUAGAUUAUAGCACUUCUGGUUACAAGCAGGGAACACCAUAUUUAAACAAUUCCAUAGAACAGACACACGGCACAGUAAAAAUGUCACUAAAUUACAAUUUCUCUCCUACAAAGCUGUGCUACUUAAGAGAUAUUUUUUUACUGUGAGGGAAUUUUUGAAAAUGUGAGCUUUUACCCACAACAUGGAGUCUAUGUCUACAACCUCAGUACUUCGAUGGUUCACUAUACUUCAUCUCCAGGAAGAAGUAGCCCACUGCUUCAAGCAAUUGAUAAAGCUCUUGACCACCUUUGUAACAAAAUAUUAAAAAGAAAGAGUAAAUAAACAGAACGUUACAGUGUUGGAAUUGCUUUAUUUUUAAGCUUUUAACACGGAGAAAUUUGUGGAUUUUACAUUUUACACAGUAAUUCACAUAGGAGAAGACAUUUACUUUAUCAACUGAGUUUUCUUUCUUUUUUUCUGGCUGAUGAAUUGGUUGAAUUUUUAUUUUUUUAAAAAUGAAUGUUUUCUAUUAGGAAUGAAGGUUUGGGUAUCUGCACAGUGGGCCCACUUCAUCCACUCAUCUUUCUAUUCCUAUAAGAGUUGAAGAGACUCUUGUCAGAGCUGCUUACCUAAGGGGUUGCAACACACACACACACACGCACACGCAAACACGGCAUAAUUCAUAUACACAUUCAUAUUCUAAAAACUGAUCUAGAAUUACAUAAGGAAAAUUGAUAUGAGGGAUGGUCUUCUUUUAUGCUAUUUAAUUUUUUUUCUGUUGGCAUAGCCAUAUUUACUCUAGUUUUCUAAAUAAACAUUUUGCAAAAAAAAAAUAACUUGUGUGGGCUCUUUUACUGAGUAGAAAAAGAACACCUUUGCAUUUAUAUCAUAGCUGCCAAGGACAAAUAUACCUCAGUGGGAUAGCACAUCUUAUGCACUGGUCUAGUAAGCUUUUCCUAACACAGUGACAGUCAGUGAACAGAUGUGGAAUUUAUUCUAGUAGAACUGUAUUUGCAUGAUGUCACAUGGUCAUGAUAUUAGUGAACAAAGUAUGUCAUGACACACAUUAAGUCAUUCUGCACGACCACUACUAUCACCACAGACCACCAUGCUUCUCAUCUAGCUUUCUGACUGGGAAUAUAGGUGAUCAUAAUCCAUACUAGGGAUGACAA